UACACGAGAGGGCUUUUUCAGAGCCAUCAGGCGCUCGCGAGCGGGAGCGAAAUUGGAAAAACGGAAAAACAGACUGCCAGUCAGAGGUAGCGAGCGGUUGGAUACCGAAAUAGCACUUCAGUAUCGAACAUGCAAAGCAAGAGGAUAUUGUCGGUGCUAUCGCCAAGACCAAUUUGUCGUAGCCAGGCAGAGGAAGUGGGUGUUGUAUAAUCGGUUUUUUUUUUUCGAACGGUGUGCUCCCAAGGGAUACAGCCCGCAAGGAAUGGUGGUGCCCUGAAAGUGUCCCUGAUGCGUGUAUCGAUUUUCCACACUGGAAGAAUAGUAUAUCAAACGACCGAUCGUGUCUCCUAUUCGACCGGAACUCCUCCGAAAAUAUACACAUAAUAGUCAAAGAAGAAUUAUCGCUUUCCCAGUGCAUCCGCGAGUGAGAAUACCUAAUUACAAAAUUAUCGGUUCGGGAGAAGAGCAUCAACCCGAGCAAAGAAAAAAAAAAAAGUGUUAAGUGAUUCAGUUCUAACGGCAACGGCACCGGUAAAAUCCCCAGCAAUCACUCCCAAUGGCGAAGGGAGCCAAGAAGAAAACGAAAUGGGUGUCCCUUUCGCUAGCUAGUACUACCGCCGGCACAGUUCCCGCAGCCGAACACCACGAAGCCGCAUCCGAAUCAUCUCGAGGGACCAAAAAAUCCGCAUACAGUGCACCAAACCUAGAUAGAUCAUCGUGUUCAGAGAACGCGCCCUCUAAUGUUGCGUUCGUUGAGCGGAAAUCACCAUGGAACACCAACAACGGUUAUUUCCGAAGUCAAAGCACCGACGAAAGCAAUGGCCAAACAUACCCCAAUGGGUAUCGAACUCAUCCUUCGAGGAACUAUUCAGCUCAUUUUAAAAGUCAUUACAAUAAGAGUAGUUAUUAUCACAACGGUAGUAGGAGACCCCAUUACAGUAGCUAUAAUGAUAGAAGUAGAUCCAAUAACGUUAACGAACCCAAAAGCGAACAAAAUGGUGCUGUGAUCAUUAACGAAGAAGAAUAUACGAAAAUAACUACUCCACGACAGGAUGUACUGUUUAAGAAGGGCUACCUAUCCAGGCCGAAAAAACACACAACGACAUCAACGACAUCAGCGAAUGAGAGUGGAACCGCAACGGGAAGCAGUUCCGUGAAUGGAACGACGACUGAUGGGAGUGAUGCGGCCCUCGGUAGUGGAACGGUGUCCACCGCCGAAUCGGUUACGUCCGAUUCAACGUACCUUACCGAUGGGCACCUGCUGGACUAUCCCGCCCCGUUGCCGUACUUUGGAUACAUCGAUCCGAGUGGAGUUCUAGUCAUGAAUGGUUUUGCCGUAGAUAACAGUGGUUAUCCCUACAUGAACGGUGGGCAGACGUACAUUUACCCCCCUAACUACCACUGCCCUUCUACGUUCAACGAGGAUGCACAAACCGGAGACGCUGAAGAAGAGGAUCCUGCGGCAUCGAUUGGCGACCAAAUUCAGUCCAGCGAAUCAUUCAACGGCAUCUCGGAAAGUGCAGUUCAAGGCCUCCAGGACACCGUGGACUCCGAUAUUAUGUUCAACAGUAUAUCGGAGGAAACUGUCGAAGCGUUGGUGAGCGAGAAUGAUGGUGCAGAUUCGAAUCAACAAGUGCCACAACAGUCGAUGCUUUCGCCACUAGACAGCAGCUACGAUUUGGCUCAAUAUUACAAUAACUUCUACUAUGGAUGCAUGUUGACUCCCUUCCCGGUGGUGAACGGUGAUAUGUACUACGAUCAGUUUGGAGGAGUCAGCGAAGAAGAGCAAGUUAGAGAGCAGAGCUUCAGGAGACGGAAGAAACGUUACAGGAAUUUGGAUGAGUACCCACCAACUUUUUAUCCAGACGGAACAGUAGAUACGAUGUAUCAGUACUCCAAUGUAUCCAACAUCUCCGAGAAUGGAAUGCCCAACCCCACUGAAGUGCCUGUCGAUUUUGUUGCUUUCGAAUCCACCUCAAACGAUAGAACGGUUCCAACUCUACCACCAAUCACUGAAAAUAUCGAUACCACCAAUCAAACCACCAGCGAGCUUCCUUCUAGUCACCAAGCCGAUCAAUGUGCUUCGCCAUCGCGAUCUUCUAAACCUGCAAAUCCCGCAAAAGUCGAAGAUCGAUCUCCCCCUAGUGCGGUUUCCCAAUCGUCCGGUAAACCGAGAUCUCACGUUCAGAAAACCCGCAAGAAGGAUCUUAUCGAAAUGACUCGAGCUUUCGCCGAACAAAACAUAGAUCUGUCGAGGCCUGUUAGUUUAUACAAAUCACCGGAAGAUAAAACAAGCGAGGCGAGCGAAUGGAAAACCGUUCGCAACGGGAAAGAAGUAGCGAUCAAAGACGACCGUGAAGUUAGCGUAAGGGACACUAUCAAGAAGAGUAAGGAAGAUUCAGAACCAGUUAAAACCGAAAAACUGUUCUUCGAUGAUUGUAAGCCGGACCAGUCGGUUGUGAGUGGCGUGUCCGACGAAACUAGGCGAAGUAAAAAAGAAGCAACGUCGAAAAAGGGUAAAAAGACUGCCAAAGGAAAAGGAAAGAAACAAAAGAGGCAAGCAGUGGCAAACCAUCAAACAGGGUUUGAGGUUAUUGAACCGGAAUUUAUUGUCGAUAAAAAAGAUUUGUCUCAAGCUAGGAAUGAAGAACCAAUUGCUGUUUAUGACGAGGAUUUAGAUGAAGAUGAUACUGAAGUUCACGCUGAAAUUAAUGUUGAAUUAGAAGAAGUACAAAAUCUGAAUUUAAACGAAGUCGAACCGAUCAGUUCUACUUCAGUUAUUGAGCAUGAUGUAGAUGAUGAUGACGAAGAAUGUCUCGAAAACGAUCUCCACGGUAUACAGUUGUCCGACUUGCAACUUGAAGAAGGUAAUCAAGAAGAUGAAAGUUCUCAAAAAGAAGUAGAGGAGCAGGAAAUCAUCGAUCCUGUGAGUCAAGAAUCUGAAAUCGUUAAUAUAUCAGAAGAAAUAAUUGAAGAACAUACAAUGCCUCAAAUUGAGGAGAACGUUGAAGUGCAUGAGAAUAUCGAAGUGCAAGAGGUGCUUUCAGACUCGAAGGAAGUGAAUACAAUUGAGGGAACGACACCUAAUCAAGCAAGUGCAGAGGAUAUUAAUCUGAUUGAAACUGUACUUCCCUUAGAAUCAACUUCCUUAGUCCAGUUGGAAGACCACGAGCUAGGUGUUGAAGAAGAAGAAGAGCAAAAAUGCAAGCAUUUCUCUAUGGAUGAAUAUUCGGAAGAAUUUGACUCUGGUGUCCAAAGCCCUGCGGCAUUCACAUCCUCCAGCAGUGACAGCAAGGAUCGCAAAUCAUCCUCAAGUUCUUUCGGCAGUCAGGAUAUUCAUCUAACCGAUGCAGUCACGAAGUGGCUUUCUGAAACGUUGAGCAACAAGCGGUUGGAGGAAAUGUUUGUUCUUCCGGAAGAUCCACUGUUGCUGCACAGAAUUCAUCAGUUCAAUGUGCUGAAUUUUGAUGAAUCCCUUGUGGUUUCCUCGGACACCUACAGCAGCAGCAGUGAGGAUGAUGCCGAAGACAGCGUCGACAGUGACUACAUGAGCGAUGUGCAGGUGAAGAAGCGAGAACUCAACGGAGGACCCGAGGGGCAGCAAAAGACAGAACUCAAGAAAGACCAGCUUGCUAAGCAGACUGCGAAUGGUCACCAUCGUCUGAUGAAUGGCGGUGACCAUUCUAAUCAUAAGCAAAAACGCUGUAUUAUUAUGUAAUGCCUUACGCAACAAAAUCAUUUCACACGAAUAAAAGAAAAACGCGCAAAAACUAUUACUAAACACUGUUAAUGCAUACUACUUAACUUAAACAUAAACAAAUCUUAACAUAUUUCGUAAGCAUGGUUAAGUUCCAACUUUCUGUUUGUAUCAGUUCGUGCUAUAUUAUUUGAAUUUGAAUAUUAUGGAAUAAAAUGAAAUUUACAACUA